ACCGCAUGUGCAAAGCUCGUGCUAGUUAAAAACUCUUUUGAGCACAAUUUUUUUUGUUUUGUUGUCGUCCUUACAUUAAGAAGACACGGCUAUUGGGAAUCAACACAAACCCUGAGUGGUCCGGUCUCGUGGAGCUAUUUAGACCUGCUACUCAACGUGCUCGGGUGACAAUAGCUGCUUUGCAGUCGCGCCAAAGCUCAAAGGAAUCUUCGGUCGUCUGCAGCCUAUUUGAUUUCUGCUUUAAAGUUAAAAGAGUGAACUUCAGAAACGGAACAAUUUCUCGCUUACGUGACGUGGAAGCUCUCUGGCUGGGAUGCCUGUGACUUAUAGGAACUAAAAAGGAUUGAAGAGAAUCUACACCAACAGAUAAGAAAAAAUUCAACUUCCUGUUCCAAGACCAACUUAGUUUUCAGAGAUUUUUUCCUGACGACCAUAGCUUUCUCCUUGACCUUGCGUUUCCGGUUUGAUGACGGCUGACAGUCGCCUCCUCCAAAUAAAAGAAGUUUGCAGCACGGCUGUUAAGAGAGAGUCAAUUGACGCCAAGCGUCUGUGUAUAUCGUUGAUGACUUCUUGUUUUUAUUAAACAUUUUGUUCGGGUAAAGAUUGGUUGAGGAUGAAACAGCUCAUCUCACCCCAGGUGGACUACAACAUGACUCACGGGAUGGGCCUCACCCACAUUCCCGACACUAUUUCACCUACACCGGAUUUUGACUUUUGCUCGGACGACAGGACGUCGCACAUCAUCAGCUUCCAGGGGUUCGACGACGCCAGCUCCGUCUCCUCAUUGGACGAUUGCUUCAGCCCCCAGCUGACGUGCCAGCACGCCCCUCGACACCCGGCCCCCGCCGCCGUGGCGCAGGGGCUGCCGCUGAAAGCUCGAAAAAACAACAGCGGGAAUCAGCACGCACCUUGCGGGGGCAGCGUCAACAACAACAACAACAUCCUGAAGGAGGACGACGCUCUAGACAAAGAGAGUCUGGCACAUCUCUCCAGAGAAGAGCGGAGAAGGCGCAGAAGAGCGACACAGAAGUACCGCACUGCGCAUGCCACGAGAGAGCGCAUCAGAGUGGAGGCUUUCAACGUCGCGUUCUCAGACCUGCGGAAGCUGCUGCCAACUCUACCCCCUGACAAGAAGUUGUCGAAAAUAGAAAUCUUGAGACUGGCCAUUUGUUAUAUCUCUUACCUGAACCACGUCCUUGACCUUAGCUAAUUUGCCGUAAAGCGGUAUUUUACAUAAAAACUUUCAAACAUGAAGCUGUUUUUAAAGCGCAUUAUUGACUCACACAAGGCUGUAUGCAUGGGUUGUGAGUGCAUGUCUUUUUUUAUGCUCACACUCCAAUAAUGUACAAGGGAAAGGAAGAUAUAUGUUGUAGGAAAACAAAAGUUACAUAUCUGGUCGACGAGAAGAGAAUUGAGUAUCAAUGAUGAUUUUUUUUUUAAAUACUCUGUCUGUCUGGUACAAAUUUUGUACACGCUAUUUCUCCCAUUUCCCAUUCUCGAAUCAAGUUGAAAGUUUUCACAAUUAAUCAUUGUCGAUGACAACACAUGAAUCAUUUUCUAAAAAAAUGUAACCAAUUAGUUAAUUUAUUAGUGGUAAUUAUUUAAUUAAUCUUGUUUUAUAUAGAACAAGGAAAAUAGAUAAACUCUUGCAUUAUUGAUAUCUGCGGCAGCACUUGUGCGGUUCUUUCCCGCCUAUAAGCUUUUCUUAGAAUAUAUUUUGCUUGUCUGUUCAAUUUCAAUUCUAAUUACAUCUAUUUUUGAGUUCUGGAAACGUUUCGUACAUAACAAAUUGUUCAAUCUAGGAAGAACCUGAAGAUACAAAAUCUCUUGUAGCUCAACAGAUGAUUGUGUAUUAAUCCAAAUGGCUUUUAAAUACAUAAAUUAUACUGUUUUUUUUUAAACAAAUUAGUGCAACAUAUAUCAACAGAUACGAAAGUGGAUGGCAGCCUGGUCAGAUGGCUGGCUUACUGGUCUUGUGGUAUGAGCUCUGGACUGUCGUUCGGUGACCUCUAUGAUCCUGGGUUCGAACCCCUGCCAACUGUCAUCCCCCGUUGUCUGCGGCAGGUUUCAGCCAUAAUGUAAUUAUCUUCAAAUGUAAUGAAACAUCCGUGACAUGUCAAACAUGUGGUCUAGCAUUUGUAGUUAAUGUCUGUCGUACACUCACAGGCGUGCAUGGGCUGCAUAUAACAAAUACAGUUUGAUGCUUCGCGCAAUAGAAAAAAAAAAAAACAACAGUUUGUCUUAAGUAAAUCUUGACUAAUUGAAUCACAUAAUUUCAAGUUUAUCCAUCGGCUAUUUGCGUGAUCACGGAGGCCGAGGGCCUGGAUGUAUAUUUCUGCUACUUCAGUGUCGUUUGAGUCCGGGGUGUUGGGCUACCAACUGGGCAUGUUAUUGUAGCUGGGGCAUGUGUGCCCUGUACAGACUCGGCAAAAUGAAGGAGGGAUGUCAUAUAUUUCAUUCAAAUCUGUACUUUUUUUAAAUGAGGAAAAGAAAAGAAAGCAAUAUAAAGAAAUGUGAUGAUGGUGUAAUGGAACCUUAAGAAAAACGUUAAGAAAU